AUGAGCUCUAGCAGCCCGGUGAGGCUCUUUCCAUGCAUUCACUGCUGGACACCAGCAGUCAAGUGCCCCAACUACGUGUUCCUUAACCGAAGUUCCUGUGUCGACUGUCAGAGCGCCCGAAGAGAAGUCCGCGGUGACGAAAUGGCAGCGGCCGAGGUACACGAGAAUUUUGUACGAUACCUGUUGGAGAUGUACACGGAAAACGAUGGCAUCACAUACGAGCGUGUCAACGGACACAUCGCGAAGGCGAGGGCGGUCCACGUGGACAACUUGCUCAACACGGCGCUCGAUUACAUCUGGCGCAAUUUUUUAGGGAUUUAUGACAAGGUCUGCGACGAGUUGGAAAAGGCCCGUGACAGGGGGCCGCAGCAAUGGACACCGGUGAAUUUGUCGGAACGACUCGAGCGGUGGCAGAAGGAGGACCAAGACAGGUAGAGGAUGGAUGAGGAGUUCAAUGAGAGUAAUCGAUAUUGAUAUAGGACGUCUAGGGCCCAUAGCUUACUGGGGCUUGGAGGAUUUCUUUCAGGGUUUCUAGAGGACAGUCC